GAAGUGGAACAGCCCAUACAGGAUGCCAUGCUGUAGGCAACAGAUUAAUCCUGAUAUAUAAUAACAUCAAUCCCAGGCUCGCUCUAUGGUGGCGGUUCCUGCAGCGCUCUGGAUGAUCCCGAAAGUCAACAUCCAGUCCUGCGUGGAUUUUCAACUACACAGGUGUAAAAACUCAGUGGCUUCAGCUGGGUCUGAAUUCCACCCCCUCUCCCUGGGGCCACCACACUUCACCACCCUCCCGCUUAGCACAACCCUUGGAGACCUGGAAACUCCCGGAGGACUAGCCUUUCUCCAUUUCACAAUUACUCUCCUCCGCUCCUCGUUCUUGCCAGCCGGAAGGUGCAGCUGCCUCGGUUUUGGGGAGCCCUCUGCGUUCAGCCAUCCAACCCAGGGUGUGCACGAGGCGGGCCGACUUCUCCCCACUCGCCGGUUCUGCAGGAUGCCAGUGCAGCUGACAACAGCCCUGCGCGUGGUGGGCACCAGCCUGUUUGCUCUGGCAGUGCUGGGUGGCAUCCUAGCAGCCUAUGUGACAGGCUACCAGUUCAUCCACACAGAGAAGCACUACCUGUCCUUUGGCUUGUAUGGUGCUAUCCUGGGCCUGCACCUGCUCAUCCAGAGCCUGUUUGCCUUCCUGGAGCACCGGCGCAUGCGGCGGACAGGGCGCCCACUGAAGCUGCCGUCCUCACGGCGUUGUACCGUGGCCCUCUGCAUUGCCGCCUACCAGGAGGAUCCUGACUACUUGCGCAAGUGCCUGCGCUCAGCCCAGCGCAUUGCCUUCCCUGACCUCAAGGUGGUCAUGGUGGUGGAUGGCAACCGCCAGGAGGAUGCCUACAUGCUGGACAUUUUCCACGAGGUGCUGGGUGGCACAGAGCAAGCUGGCUUUUUUGUGUGGCGCAGCAACUUCCACGAGGCUGGUGAGGGCGAGACGGAGGCCAGCCUGCGGGAGGGCAUAGAGCGAGUGCGGGCUGUCGUCCGGACCAGCACCUUCUCCUGCAUCAUGCAGAAGUGGGGAGGCAAGCGUGAGGUCAUGUACACAGCCUUCAAGGCCCUUGGCGACUCGGUGGACUACAUCCAGGUGUGCGAUUCUGACACCGUGCUGGACCCAGCCUGUACCUUUGAGAUGCUGAGAGUUCUGGAGGAAGACCCCCAAGUAGGGGGAGUCGGGGGAGAUGUCCAAAUCCUCAACAAAUAUGAUUCAUGGAUCUCAUUCCUAAGCAGUGUGCGGUACUGGAUGGCCUUCAACGUGGAACGUGCCUGCCAGUCCUACUUUGGCUGUGUGCAGUGUAUCAGCGGGCCUUUGGGGAUGUAUCGCAACAGUCUCCUCCAGCAAUUUCUGGAGGACUGGUACCAUCAGAAGUUCCUAGGCAGCAAGUGCAGCUUUGGGGAUGAUAGACACCUCACCAACAGAGUCCUGAGCCUUGGUUACCGAACUAAGUACACAGCCCGCUCCAGGUGCCUCACAGAGACACCCACCAAAUACCUCCGGUGGCUCAAUCAGCAGACCCGCUGGAGCAAGUCUUACUUCCGCGAGUGGCUCUACAACUCCCUGUGGUUCCAUAAGCACCACCUCUGGAUGACCUAUGAAUCAGUGGUCACAGGCUUCUUCCCCUUCUUCCUCAUUGCCACAGUCAUACAGCUCUUUUACCGUGGUCGUAUCUGGAACAUUCUCCUCUUCCUGCUGACUGUGCAGCUGGUGGGCAUUAUCAAGGCUACCUACGCCUGCUUUCUUCGGGGCAAUGCAGAGAUGAUCUUCAUGUCUCUGUACUCCCUUCUCUAUAUGUCCAGCCUCCUGCCUGCAAAGAUCUUUGCCAUUGCUACCAUCAACAAGUCUGGCUGGGGAACUUCAGGACGAAAAACCAUUGUGGUCAACUUCAUUGGCCUGAUUCCUGUAUCCAUCUGGGUGGCAGUUCUUCUGGGGGGACUGGCCUACACAGCUUACUGCCAGGACCUGUUCAGCGAGACAGAGUUAGCCUUCCUUGUCUCUGGAGCCAUCCUCUAUGGCUGCUACUGGGUAGCCCUCCUCAUGCUGUACCUGGCCAUCAUUGCCCGGCGAUGUGGGAAGAAGCCGGAACAGUACAGCUUGGCCUUUGCUGAGGUGUGAUACAGCCACCCGCAAGCAGAGUGGGAAAAGUGCAAUGGGUAAGGGAGGGAAAGGGACUGGAAGAGAUGGGAGGGGGGAAGGGAGGAGGGAGUGCUGUGUUUUAGUUUCUUAGGGGUCCAAAGGACAACUCUGAAUUGCAAAAAAAACAAAAACAAAAAACCUGGUCUGGUCUGAGCAGCCGUGCUUCAAAAAGCAACACCCUGCUCGGGCUCAGGACCAAGUGGUCAUAUAUUUAUAUUAAAGGCUGCCUGUGUGCUUGCCUCUGCACACAGGCAGUGGCCUCUGGGAGAGAUUCCACCCCAGUGGGACUUACAGGGAUGUAGAAGUGGGCUAAAACAAAUGCCAUGUUCCAUUCAGUGGCCACUUGUUAUGGUUAAGUUAGCAAUGACAUCCUUUGCAGCAGGCUCUUCUAUCCCGUCUGAAUUCAACCAGGGGUGCUGGGACACUCUCUCCUCAGGGAACUUGGCUUGCUGUCUCCUUCCUCCCCAACCCCCCCAGCAGACAUCAAUGCAAUACGACUGUGCUUCAGACACAAGGCCAGAAGCCUGAUCUGCGGGCACCAGAAAACAGGGUCCAGGAAUGGUGCUUUACGGGACACCCUACUCCACACCUCAGCAUCCCUGGGAUCAACCAGACCAGCUGGGAAUUAGCAUCAACCUGCUUUUAAAAGGUGUGGAGGAAAAAGGAAAGUUUGCAAGAAGGAACAAAGACCAGUGAUGCUAAAGACAACCAAUGACUGUGGAGGCCUUAGGCUGAAUGUGUUUUACCUGUACAUUGCUCAUACUUUCUAGAUCAGUUCUUAGCUUACCUGUGAUUUCUGCUUGGGACAGCCAUCUACCAGGAGAUUCACCCCCAACCUGGACAGAAAAGUGAGGCUUUGCUAUUUGAACCCAUGAAUACUUGGGAUCACAUCUGUUAAAUUCAGCUCUAAGACACUCUCCUCACUUUCUUUAAAGGUAUAUUUUGGGGUAUAACUGCAGCCAACCCUUCUGCCCUCAUCAUGUGCCAAGUUUUUCAAGCUGGCGAUGAGGGCAGAGCCUGGGCUCCCAGGACCGCUGCCACAGGCAAGUCUGGGCUCAGCACACAGGGAGAACUAUCAGGAGCCUCUGCUCAAGGGGGUACAGUACUGGAACUGCUUGGACUAACUCCUUGGCAGCUGGUGAGCAUGGGUGACUUACACAUUGCUGUCCAUGACAAUCGCCUUCAACAGAAAGUUUCUGCAUUGCCAAAACGAACCUCAGAUCCAACUGUACGUGUGAGGCUAUUCCCUAGGGCAUCAGGGACUCGGUCAGGUACAGACCAUUAUUACUGCACUUGUUUCUGUGCAGAAGCCCAUACCAGGAGAUGGUAUGGCUGCUACAUCCUAAAUGUCUUGCUUUCUCUUUACCUUAAGGUUGUUUGAUGAUUUUCCUCUGCUGCUUUAGAGACAGGAAGCCAUUUUCCAGUGAUUUGAAAUCCAUAGAAUGUUCUUGGGCUUUUGGGUUUGAAACCUGGGAUCCUGACUAAACCUCUGACUUACAGGUUUCUUCCUUAUUCUCCCCCAAACCUCCAUUUUCAGAGUGGACUAACCUUCUGAAUCAGCACUAAGGUGUACAGUAGUUAGGGAGCAAGUCUCAAGCUCACUCACAUGCUUCCUACAGAAGAACGGAAUGUGCUCUGAGCCAGGCCAAUCCUGGUGCUUUCCAAACUCAAGGAUUUCCCUGGCGUAGAUGACAGCUGCCAGUUCACAAAGGCCUCGAGUUACUGAUAAGCCUGAGGUCAGGCCCUAUCCAUGAAGGCUGGGAAGCAACAGGCAUUUGCACAUGGUAGUUGUUCCAGGCUCUUCUGUGUUUCUGUUGGCCAAGAAGCACACUAUUUUGAGCACUACAAUGGAGGAAAACCGGCCCACCAACUGCAGAACGCAAACUUCUCUAAGGGCUUUUCUUCAGCUUUGACUAGAAGGUGCUGGACUCUGGAAAAUGCCUGGCUGUCCUACUUGUCAAUUCUGCCCUGCACUGGUCAGCUUUCCUCAGACCAGAAACAGGAUAGAAAGUGAGCUCACAACGUUUGACCUCGACUGGUUUUUCUAAGUUAUUUUGUAUGCUUUUCAGCAAAACCAAACUGGGUCUUCAGCUUUAUCCCCAUU